UUUUUUUUGGUAGCAAAAGAUGUUAUGUAAAAGUAUGGUUUUAUUAUUGACGUUAUGUCUUUGGAUGAUGACAAUAUUGAUGACUGCGCAAGCUCGACCUGUUCAAAAAAAGGGACAAAGUGAUAAGAAGACAAAUGGCGAUGUUUCUAUUAAGAAAAAACCUCAAAAGGCUGAACAACAAAGCGAUGAUCAAGGUGAACAUGAUGGAGACGAUGAUUACUAUUCCGGUUCAGGUACUUUUUUUGAUCCAGUGUCUCAAGGUGGAGCAGAAGGAGCUUGUGGUGGUAAAAAAGAAUCUUCCUCAAGUGAUAUCGUAGCAUUGAAUUCGGCUCAAUAUGGUCCAAUGAAUAAAAAAAGUCGAUUUUGUGGUGAAAAAGUACUGAUAGAAUAUGGAAAUAAAAAAACUGUGGCUACCGUACAAGAUGCAUGCCCUGGAUGUAAAGAAAAAAGUUUAGACAUGACACCAUCUGUUUUUAACAAAUUGGCUGACGCGAAGACUGGUGUCAUUCCAAUCAAAUGGUGCUUUUUAGGCGAUAAAAAUUGUAAACAGUAA